AUGGCCACCUCCUGCACUCCGAGGAUCGCCGUCCUGCUCCUGCUGCUGCUGCUGCUGGCUGCCGCCACGGCGCGCCCAGAGCACAAGGGCGGAGUCAAGGGCGUGAAAGGCAUCGCGGCUGGCGUCGGACGUCCCUCAGGCAGCGGGUCCCUAUCUGGUGACGGCGCGUGGGCGGGCUCUGGCAGUUCCUCCAAGUCGUCGUCGUCCUCGUGGUCGUCGGGCGGAGGCUCCGGCAGCGCCAGCGGCAGCCAGUCGGGCAGCAGCUCCUCCUCCUUCGGCACUGGAGGCUCAGGUUCCGGCUCCAGCAGCAACGCCGGCUCCUCCUCCUCCGCGGGCUCCCUGGGAGGCGCCGGCGGCUCAGCCUCUGGAAGCCACAGCGGCAGCCACGCCGGAUCUGCGUCCGGGUCAGGUGGCAGCAGCUCUGGGUCUACCUCUGGAUCUAUAUCUGGCAAUGUGGGCAGGGGGCCAAGUGGUACAGGAGGUGGAGCAGCUGGUGGGUAUGGUGGAAUCACUGGAGUGGGGUCAUCAGGAACAGGAGGCCUUGGAGGUGCCACAGGUGGUGCAGCAGCCACUGGAGGCAGUGCUGGAUCCCAGCCUGGUGGGACUGGUCAUGGUAGUGCUGGAGCAAGUGGUAUAGGAGGUGGCUCUGGAACAGGAGGAAUUGGAUUUGGUACCCAUGCAGGAGCUGGUGGACGUGGAAAUGUAGCUGGUGGUUCAGGUGGAAGUGGCACUGGAGGUUUUGGAUCUGGAGGAACUGGUUCUGGUACUUUUGGCAGUGGUGGAUCAGGUACUGGAGGCUAUGGCUCUUCUGGAUCCGGAAAUGUCGGAAGAGGAACUGGAACUGGAGGCACUGGAGGCAGUGUUGGUGCAUCAUCUGGUGGGUUUGGCACAGGUGGAGUUGCUGGUGGCUCAGGGAUAUCUGGAGGGCAUGGUGGUGCAGGUGGCAUUGGAGGUAUUGGUGGAACUGGUUCAACUUCCAGUGGACAUGGAAAUGGAGCAGCUGGUCAUGGAGAACAAACUGGGUCUGCAGGCUUUGGUGCAGGUAGUUCAUCUGGUGGAGGUGCUGGUGGAUCAGGUAUAUCUGGAGGGUAUGGUGAUGUAGGUGGUGCUGGAGGUGUUAGUGGAACUGGGUCAACUUCCAGUGGACAUGGAAGUGGAGCAGCUGGCCAGGGAGCCCAAACUGGGUCUGCUGGCUUUGGUGCAGGUAGCUCAUCUGGUGGUGCUACAGGAGGUUAUGGAGGCACUGGUGGUAUUGCAGGUGGACCAGGAUCUGGCAGCAUUGGUCAUAGUGGUGCUGGUGCAGGUGGUUCAGGAGCAUUUGGUGCAUCUCAAGGAGGUUCCACUGGAACUGGUGGUGCUUUCAGUAAUGGGGGCACAGGAGGUACUGUGGGACAUGGUGGUCCUGGAGGGGCUGGUCAUGGUGUGGGAACUGGUGGAGCUGGUAGUGCUGGUGGAAGCCAAGAAGGUUACUCUGGAAGCUCUAGUGGUGGUUCCUCUGGAGCUAGUGGCCUGGGUGGAGUAUCUGGUGUUGGUACUGGCAAUUUAGGACAUGGUGCUGGUGGGGCUGGUGGUUUUCUGGGUCAUAGUGCAGGAGUAGGAAGCUCUGGUGGUGGUGCUGGUAACUUUGGUACUGGUUCCAUUGGAGGAGGUUCUGGAGCUUCUGGGCCUGGUGUGAGUGGUGGUAUAUCUAAUGGAGGUGCCGGAGGUUAUGGCGGAAGUUCUGGUGUUGGAAGUGGUGCUGUUGGUGGAGGCAAUCAUGCUGGAGGUUCUGCUGUUGGCUCUGGGCACGGAGGUCUCGGCACUGGCUCCUCUGGACUCGGGGGCAGUGCUGGCUUAGACUCUGGUUCCUUAGUCGGUGGUGGAGCAGGACAGUCGGGAACUGGCUCUUCGGCGGGAAGUUCGGCUGGAUCCUCCUCUGGAAGCUCUGCUGGUGCUCUUGGUGGCUCUGGCGGCAGUUCUGGAGGCUCCAAAGCCAGCUCCGGCAGCUCUGCGGGCAGCGACGCCAGCGCUGGAACAGGCUCUGGUGCGUCCUCAGGCAGCAAGGCCAGCUCCAGCGCGAGCUCAGGAAGUGCUGCGGGCAGAGAUGCUCAUGGCCGCAAGGGCGUCAAGGGAUACCACGGGAGUAGCGACCGCAGCUGCGGGUAUAAAGCGCGGGGCGGUGCCAGCCAUCGCCAGUCCACGGCUGACCGCGCCAUGGCCACCUACUGCACUCCGAGGAUCGCCGUCCUGCUCCUGCUGCUGCUGCUGGCUGCCGCCACGGCGCGCCCAGAGCACAAGGGCGGCGUCAAGGGCGUGAAAGGCAUCGCGGCUGGCGUCGGACGUCCCUCAGGCAGCGGAUCCCUAUCUGGUGACGCUGCGUGGGCGGGCUCUGGCAGUUCCUCCAAGUCGUCGUCGUCCUCGUGGUCGUCGGGCGGAGGCUCCGGCAGCGCCAGCGGCAGCCAGUCGGGCAGCAGCUCCUCCUCCUUCGGCACUGGAGGCUCCAGCAGCAACGCCGGCUCCUCCUCCUCCGCGGGCUCUCUGGGAGGCGCCGGCGGCUCAGCCUCUGGAAGCCACAGCGGCAGCCACGCCGGAUCUGCGUCCGGGUCAGGUGGCAGCAGCUCUGGGUCUACCUCUGGAUCUACAUCUGGCAAUGUGGGCAGUGGGUCAAGUGGUACAGGAGGUGGAGCAGCUGAUGGGUAUGGUGGAAUCUCUGGAGUGGGAUCAUCAGGAACAGGAGGCCUUGGAGGAGCCACAGGUGGUGCAGCAGCCACUGGAGGCAGUACUGGAUCCCAGCCUGGUGGGACUGGUCAUGGUAGUGCUGGAGCAAGUGGUAUAGAAGGUGGCUCUGGAACAGGAGGAAUUGGGUUUGGUACCCAUACAGGAGCUGGUGGACAUGGAAAUGUAGCUGGUGGUUCAGGUGGAAGUGGCGCUGGAGGUUUUGGACCUGGAGGAACUGGUUCUGGUACUUUUGGCAGUGGUGGAUCAGGUACAGGAGGCUAUGGCUCUUCUGGAUCCGGAAAUGUCGGAAGAGGAACUGGAACUGGAGGCAUUGGAGGCAGUGUUGGUGCACCAUCUGGUGGGUUUGGCAUAGGUGGAGUUGCUGGUGGCUCAGGGAUAUCUGGAGGGCAUGGUGGUGCAGGUGGCAUUGGAGGUAUUGGUGGAACUGGGUCACCUUCCAGUGGACAUGGAAAUGGAGCAGCUGGUCAUGGAGCCCAAACUGGGUCUGCAGGCUUUGGUGCAGGUAGUUCAUCUGGUGGAGGUGCUGGUGGAUCAGGUAUAUCUGGAGGGUAUGGUGGUGUAGGUGGUGCUGGAGGUGUUAGUGGAACUGGGUCAACUUCCAGUGGACAUGGAAGUGGAGCAGCUGGCCAGGGAGCCCAAACUGGGUCUGCUGGCUUUGGUGCAGGUAGCUCAUCUGGUGGUGCUACAGGAGGUUAUGGAGGCACUGGUGGUAUUGCAGGUGGACCAGGAUCUGGCAGCAUUGGUCAAAGUGGUGCUGGUGCAGGUGGUUCAGGAGCUUUUGGUGCAUCUCAAGGAGGUUCCACUGGAACUGGUGGUGCCUUCAGUAAUGGGGGCACAGGAGGUGCUGUGGGACAUGGUGGUCCUGGAGGGGCUGCUCAUGGUGUGGGAACUGGUGGAGCUGGUAGCGCUGGUGGAAGCCAAGGAGGUUACUCUGGAAGCUCUAGUGGUGGUUCCUCUGGAGCUAGUGGCCUGGGUGGAGUGUCUGGUGCUGGUACUGGCAAUUUAGGACAUGGUGCUGGUGGGGCUGGUGGUUUUCUGGGUCAUAGUGCAGGAGUAGGAAGCUCUGGUGGUGGUGCUGGUAGCUUUGGUACUGGUUCCAUUGGAGGAGGUUCUGGAGCUUCUGGGCCUGGUGUGAGUGGUGGUAUAUCUAGUGGAGGUGCCGGAGGUUAUGGCGGAAGUUCUGGUGCUGGAAGUGGUGCUGUUGGUGGAGGCAAUCAUGCUGGAAGUUCUGCUGUUGGCUCUGGGCACGGAGGUCUCGCCACUGGCUCCUCUGGACUGGGAGGCAGUGCUGGCUUAGACUCUGGUUCCUUAGUCGGUGGUGGAGCAGGACAGUCGGGAACUGGCUCUUCGGCGGGAAGUUCGGCUGGAUCCUCCUCUGGAAGCUCUGCUGGUGCUCUUGGUGGCUCUGGCGGCAGUUCUGGAGGCUCCAAAGCCAGCUCCGGCAGCUCUGCGGGCAGCGACGCCAGCGCUGGAACAGGCUCUGGUGCGUCUUCAGGCAGCAAGGCCAGCUCCAGCGCGAGCUCAGGAAGUGCUACGGGCAGAGAUGCCCAUGGCCGCAAGGGCGUCAAGGGAUAUCACGGGAGCCACCAUUGACACGCAACACUGUUCGCAUCUGCACACAGCUAAUCUUGCUGAAUUCUAGUAUGUCGCACUGUAUGAACAUAGUGAUCUGCCAAAUUGUACAGACAUCCAUCUGUGAUAUAUUAUACUACAUUACAUUUCAACGAAAUUUUCUAACUGUUCAGUGUGUCUGACUCUAAGUUAACAGAAAAUGUGAAUGUUUUAUUGCGUCAGUUGGGUGUAAGAGUCAAGUGAAUCGUUUAUUUCUACGCAGUGAAUCCAUUUGAUAAUUAAUUAAGUAUUGUCUUUUUGUGAUACUCAUGUAUUAAUGUUGUUUCUCAGUGAGUUUGAAAUUAUAUAACUCUUAACAAAUGGA